CGAGCGAGGGCUGCCAUGCAAUGCUUUCGGUGACCGACCACCCUCAGUUAUCUAUGCGAUGCUCGUUAAGAUCGGUAGUAAUGUGUCCCACCACCAGCCGUAGACGUGACUCUAUUGGAUACGGUGUUAACUUUUCGCAGCGUUUAACAAGUGAACGGAUAUACGGAAAUAUCUAUAAAUAUCCAAAAUAAUUGGAGGAUCCGCUCAGAGAAGUGAAGACAAAAAAAAAAAAAAAUCAAAGUUCAAAAAAAUCGGCUGCCCUUUCGGCUGACAAACUGGAAGUGCAUUGCGUAACGCUUUAACCAUCUAAAGUUGUUGUAAUUUUUCACCAGUCACUGAAUUCUUCUGGUGAAGUGACAAAAAAGUAUAAAACUGAAUUUGUUGCAAUCGAACUUAGUUAGUGUGAAUGUUUGACAACACCAGCCACAACACGGACUAAAGAGCGCGCGCCACUGCACAGAGUAAAGAGGAUAACUCGAGUGCGUGCCUUUGGUGUUUUUCUUUGUUGUUCUUCUAAUUUUUCGUGUCGCCUGUCGUCUGUCAGCCUUGUCAGCAUUAUCGGGAUUACCAGGUCUAACCAGCAAAACGGAGUUGAGCCUAGAGACCAUCGUAAGCAUUGUCCUCGCACGGACAAUAACUUCAUUCGCAAGGAGUCAACGAACACAAGGACUGGUUGCCAGUUAGUGCAGCACAUUCCACGAUGUCGGAAGUAGAUUCAAUUAUUUCGCAGCUCCAGCACUUCACAUGGCCCGACUAUGUGGUGUUCGUGGCCAUGUUCAUCCUGUGCAUCUUCAUUGGUAUUUACUUUGGAUUCAUGGAGAAGUCGCUGGGCGAGUCGGAUUAUCUGAUGGGUGGUCGUAAUAUGCUGUGUCUGCCCAUAGCCCUGUCAUUGGUGGCCAGUUUUAUAUCGGGCAUAACGCUACUGGGCCUGCCCACGGAAGUCUAUUCGUAUGGCAUACAAUAUCUGUACGUGUCGCUCGGGGUCAUAGCGAUGGGCUUCAUAAUGUCCAUCUACUAUUUGCCGGUGUUCCAUGAUCUAAAUAUCACAUCCACCUAUGAGUACCUGGAAAGUCGUUUCGAUCGCAGAUUGCGCAUGUUCGGCUCUGUCAUGUUCACAAUAAUGAAUAUCGGCUACCUUCCCAUUGUCAUCUAUGUCCCAGCCUUGGCCUUUAACCAGGUGACGGGUGUUGCCGUGCACACCAUUACGCCCAUUGUCUGCAUCAUUUGCAUUUUCUACACAACACUGGGCGGUCUCAAAGCUGUCGUCUGGACCGAUGUCGUACAAAUCAUUUCCAUGAUUGGCGCUCUAAUACUGGUGGCCAUUAAGGGUAGCAUUGACAUUGGCGGUGCCUCAAAGGUCUUCGAAAGUGCAUGGGAAUCGGGCAGAAUUGAGGGUCCAGACAUGGAUUUGAAUCCGACAGUGCGACACACUCUGUGGUCCCAGCUGGUGGGCGGUGUUUUCUAUUGGACCCAAACGAAUGCCGUAUCCCAGAACAUGAUUCAGCGUUAUUUGGCUCUGCCAACUCUGUCGUCGGCCCGCAAAGCCUUGGCCUUGUUCUGUUUGGGUGUCUUGGUGCUGAUGGGUCUCUGCAGUUACAACGGUCUUCUCAUGUAUGCCACCUACAAGCAGUGCGAUCCCCUGACAACAAAGUUGGCCAAGGCCAGAGAUCAACUGUUGCCGCUGUUCGUUAUGGAAACUUUGGGCGAAUAUCCCGGUUUGACGGGCCUCUUCAUCGCCGGUGUGUUCAGUGCAGCCUUGAGUUCUUUGUCCACCUGUCUGAACUCCAUGUCCGCCGUGGUGUUGGAGGAUUUCAUUAAGCCCUUCGUCAAGAGGCCAUUGUCGGAGACUGCCAUUAACUGGAUUAUGCGUUCGGUGGUUGUAUCGGUGGGUGUAUUGUGUGUGUUCCUGGUGUACAUUGUCGAGCACAUGGGUACCGUCCUGCAAUUGACCAUGAGUCUGGAAGCCAUUACAAAUGGACCCUUGUUGGGUAUUUUCACCAUCGGUGUAUUCAUGCCUUGGAUAAAUGGAAAUAGUGCCCUCCUUGGUGGUAUUGUGGGCGUCGUGGGCAUGUCUUGGAUUAGUUUAAAGGCCCAAUGGGCAGUGGCCUCCGGUGCCAUGGUCUAUGAAACGAAACCCCUGACAGUGGAACACUGCACCUAUCAGUUCGAUACCUCUGUGUUGGUGUCAGCGGCCAAUACCACCCUGUCGGAGGCAGCCAAAGAGGAAAUUUUACCGCUCUACCGCAUAUCGUACAUGUGGUACACAUGCUUGGGCGCCUUGUUGACCAUGGGCAUUGCCGUUCUGUGGCAUUUCAUCUUCGGCGGUAACGAUCCCAAGACAAUUGACCAUUCCCUGUUGUCACCCUGCAUACGUAAAUAUUUCCAAAGCGAAGACAACCACUUGCAGACCAAGAACCUCCAAAUAGACAUUCCAUUGAAAAACAAAUCGGUCGACGAAGAAGUUGCCUUGUAGAUCUGCCAGCUGUGUUCCGAGGCGGCCGGUGUACCUGUAUGUGUGCGUUACCUUAGACUAGUUGCCUAUUUAAUUAACCAAAUGACCAACCAAUUCGGGGACGAUUAUUGUAAAUACCAAAUUACAAUAACAAAUUAGAACAAUUGCCUGUGUGCGCGUGUGAACCUAAAAAAGAGUAUUCCUGGGGUGUUAUUUUAAACUAAUCUACGGAGAUCCUAAGCUAUCUAUAAUUAAUACAUAACAAUACGGCUACUUUUAAAGACUAUCAUAGGGGCGGGAGUAAUUUGUAAUACAUGCAUACAUGUAAACAUAGACAUGUGUUGGUGCCACAUCCACAUCCAUACACAAACAUCCCUACAUACAUGCAUACAUAAAUGAAUAGCAGCUAAUAUUUAGUUACAUAAAUCAACUUUAUAUUGAGAAAAAAAGAAGAAGAAAAAACAAAAAACACAGAAGAUAAACCAAAAACAAAGCAAAGCAAAUCCAAAGAUUAUUAUUAAAUUACAAUUGUUGCUAAAUUAAAUAUGCUUAAGAAAGAAGUGUUGUUUAUUUUUUGUCUGUUAACAGCUUCCAAUCAACAGAACACCACAGAGCAUGAAUGCAUAAGUAAUAACAAUAAUAACAAUAAGAAUAAUAAAAAAUAAAACAUUAAUUUAGCCAUAAAAGAAAAACUAAAA